AUGGAUCAUUCGGGAUUUCGAUGGGACUACUGUGGUUCCUUUUCUGCAAGUGGUUAUGGGAGAUUCAGGCUCGGAAUAUUCUGGUGCAAAAGCUUGGAUAAGAAUUUCAGGGCUCCCUGUACUGGCGAAAAGGGCAUUGGUCCCAACAUUGGUGUCUUUCUUUGCUACAAGGGAGUUUGUUUUCAUCGUGUUAUUAGAGAAUUUAUGAUACAAGGUGGAGAUAUUUCUGCUGGAAAUGGUACUGGUGGUGAAUCCAUCUAUGAUGGUAAACAUAUUGUAUUUGGGAAGGUAGUUGAAGGAAUGGGAGUUGCUCGUUCAAUUGAGCAUGUCACUACUGGUGAUAACGAUUGUCCCACAGCCCAUGUCCUCAUUGCGGAUUGUGGAGAAAUUCUUGAAGGAGUUGAUGAUGGGAUAGCGUUUUGA